GGAGGUUUUGCAAAGACGAAGAAGCCAAGCAGUAUACGCAUACCACAAUGGGGAAAAUAUCGAGUGAGGAUAUAGAAUAUGAUGAAACGAAAGCUGAAUUUUCAACGAACUGGACGAUCACACGUGGCUCUCUAGAAGAUUCCAUCACUUUCGAAUCCACCGAUUCUCCGAUCGAUGAUGAUUCUGAGUCCAAUACUCAGAUUCCAUCACCUCUUAUCCUACAUCCACCUUCACCUGAUUCUUCCCCUUGCGAAAUCAAGUUAUGCUUUAUGCAAAAGCAUGAGAUCAGGCAGGUCUAUGUUCGGAGUACUGCUCGUGUUUAUGAGAUAUAUUAUGCACCUACUCUGCAGAGUGAGAAUGAGUAUCUAUCUACUGUCCGCUGUAGCAUAGCUGAAAGAGAUGGUGAAUUUCUCCAAGCUAGUGAGAGUGAAGUAGUUAACCCGCAAUAUUUGAAGGAGGAUUAUGUAGGAAAACCAACAGAAGGUAGAGUCACAGCUGAAGCGAAACUUUGCCCCAGCGAAGGUGAUUGGGUCGAGGUUAAGGUCCCUGAUUCUCCUUUCGCUGGAAACAAGGUAAGCUGCCUGCAAAAGCACACAAUAGAGAAUGAACAACGAAGUAUUGAGGAUUUAUACGAGGCCACAGCACAAAUUGAUGAUGCGGAUCCCUGCAUGUCACUGACAAUUCGCUUUUUAUCACUUCAGAAUAAAGGUUCUAUAUUCAUCGAUGAAGUUUACAUAUUUGGUGACCCUAUUAACUCUAAUGAGGUGGAGACUCCAGCAGUCCCUAUGGAAAACCAAGCUAGUUCUUUCAUGGCCAUGCUUGUUCCCACCCUUCUGCAACUAUCUAAAUCAGGCAUCAGCCAGAAGCAGCAGGACAAAGAUGUUUUUGAUAGUCAAAGAAAGGAAAAUGAACUGGGAAUUGCAGUGAGGACAUCUGAUUUUGCUGAUGCCAAGAAAGAAAAUGAACGAGAAAAGAGGACGAGUGCUGAUCAUAUAGUGCAGUUGGAUGUCACUGACAAGCCUGUAGCCGAACCCACUCAUUCGCAGCCUCCACCCCACCAGAACUUGAGCACAGAGUACCACAAUAUCUCCACCACGAGUAAUGAUGCAUCACAGGGUCGUAUUGUAGGAGCCAUUGAGCAACUUCUUGACCGAGUGAGCAGAAUUGAAAAUAUUUGCUUGAGAUUUGAAGAAAAGAUGGUUAGUCCAAUGAACAGCAUGGAGAUGAGACUUCAACGACUGGAGCAGCAAGUAGAAAUUCUAGCUAAAAACUCCCAAUAUUCUGGAGUGGCGUCCGGCACAAGAAUAACAGCUCCUUCAUUUACCUGCAGUGAGUCCAAUUCUAGCUCUUUGUAUAAUGAUGGAAGUGAAAAUCAGUCUUGUGGGGCAUCAGAACUGGAGAAGAAGGAUCUCCCUUACAAUAAGUUGUCCGAGCCUCCUGAUGAUAUGCCCGUUUCUUCAAAUCCUUCACAUGUUCUUCCAAAUCUUGUGAUUACUGCCCCUGAGUUUUCAUGUGAAGAGGAUGAAGAAGAAAAUGAUAUUGUUGAAUCAGCAAAGGUUUCUUCUCAAGAGAUGCAAAAGCAAGUUUUAUCUAUUGAUGAUGCUUUAGCUGCAGCACUUUCUGGAUUUCUGUCCACAUCCCGUGUUCUUCCUCCAGAUGAUGGGACUACAGAAGUUAUUGCUUCUGGACCUAUUGGUGAGGGAGUAAAUGAGAAGAAUGAGUUUAGCCAAUCAGCCCAAAGUACUUCAGUUAUCGCUCACGACUGUACUUUGGAGGGAAAUGGCAAUGACAGACCUUCAAAGUACACUCAAAUUCUUGCAGUUACAGCUCCUGACUUUAGCGAGGAGGAGUACGAAUUUGAGAAUGCAAAUUUAAUCAUAGCUUCUUCUCCAACAGCUCCUGAACUUGCAAGUGAAGGAAAUGGAGAUAAUGAAAUAGCUUCUCCAAGCACUGAAAGUCAGGACCCCAAAGGCUUCGUUGAUCUUAACAGAAGCAAGAGCAUGGAUAGCGCAAGUUCAACUGUUGCGUCUGAGCCAUAUGCAGAGCAAGAGAAUUUUCUCCAUGAGAAUGUGCACCUUAAAGAAACUUCUGGAGUAAUUGGUUUGAAAGAUCAUCUUUAUGCACAAGAAAGUAUCUGCAGAUCGCAGGAUGAUCUCACUGCUUGUCCUUCAGGUCAAGAUGAUAAGGUUGCAGAGACUAAUGUAAGAGAUUCGACCAAUGAGCCACAUAUGAAUUCUCAUAAUCUAGAAAAUGCUGCUGAAUCUGAAGAACAUGAUGCUUCCCGUGUGGACGUCAUGGAUAAUGCUUGUGAAUAUUUAAAACCUUCUGAUCUGGAUUUUGACAUUCCUAUCUUAGAUGUGAAGUUCACAAUCAAUGAAGACGGUGAUACCAAGUUCUCAAUAGAAGAUCUUUUAGGUGACGUGGAAGAUGUUAAUGUUGAAGUUCAUUGUGUUGAUGAGAGCGGUGAUAAUGCUGUCACUAGAGAGGGAACAACAUUCACUAUUAUGGAUGAUGAACCACCGCCGGAGUGUUCUACAGGCGAAAGCAACCCUCUGGUGGAUCUUGGAAUUAAUGCUGCAGAUACAUUCACUAAUUCGGAUGGACAUGGUAAUCCGAGUAUAUCCCGCCACCAGGAGGUGUUUAUCGGUCUCAUCUGAAACCUCAUACUUCGUGAUCAUCGGUAAAUUGAACUGGUUUGUUAGUUGUGACUGAUUUUUCUCUUUUCAGUUAUAGUAUCCUAGUUGAAUUUUCUUCUUUUGUUCCAUUCAGUCUUAUUAAGCUCAUAAAUCUCCACUAUUCCUGACUAUUGCCCUA